AUUGUCCCUCUUUUCUUCAACUCUCAAUUUUAAAGAGAAGAUGGAUCGUCGCUUUGUAUUUUCUCUCUUUGUUAUUUUCUCUUUAUGCUUCGUUUGCGUGAUUUCUACGGAGACUUUCUCGGCCGAGGGAUCGGAAGUUGAUCCGUUGAUCAGGCAAGUAACGGACGGUCAGGAUGGAGCCGAGCCACAGCUCCUGACCGCCGAGCAUCACUUCUCGCUAUUCAAGAGUCGGUUCAAGAAAUCGUACGGGUCGCAGGAGGAGCACGAUUACAGGUUCAAGGUUUUUCAGGAUAACUUGAGACGUGCGGCGCGUCAUCAGAAGCUUGACCCGUCUGCGAGUCACGGGGUGACUCAGUUCUCUGAUUUGACUCCGAGAGAGUUCAGGAGGACGUAUUUGGGGUUAAGGAGAUUGAGACUGCCCAAAGAUGCGACCGAGGCACCGAUUUUGCCUACCGAUAAUUUGCCUGAAGAUUUUGACUGGAGUGAAAAAGGAGCUGUUACACCCGUCAAAAAUCAGGGUUCAUGCGGAUCAUGCUGGUCAUUUAGUACAACAGGUGCCUUGGAAGGUGCUAACUUUUUGGCAACUGGGAAACUCGUGAGCCUUAGCGAGCAGCAGCUCGUGGAUUGUGAUCAUGAGUGUGAUCCGGAGGAACCAGAUUCUUGUGAUUCUGGAUGCAAUGGUGGGCUCAUGAAUAGUGCUUUUGAGUAUACUCUCAAAGCUGGUGGUCUUAUGCGUGAGGAGGACUACCCCUACACCGGCACUGACCGUGGGACCUGCAAAUUUGACAAGAGCAAGAUUGCAGCAAAAGUGGCCAACUUCAGUGUUGUUUCUCUUGAUGAGGACCAAAUUGCUGCUAAUCUUGUGAAGAAUGGUCCUCUUGCAGUGGCUAUCAAUGCAGUGUUCAUGCAGACAUAUAUUAAGGGAGUUUCUUGCCCUUACAUUUGCUCAAAGCGCCUGGAUCAUGGAGUACUGUUGGUGGGGUAUGGUUCAGCUGGCUAUGCUCCAGUCCGCAUGAAGGAUAAACCAUACUGGAUCAUUAAGAACUCAUGGGGAGAAAGCUGGGGGGAGGAUGGAUUCUACAAAAUCUGCCGGGGUCGCAAUAUUUGUGGAGUAGACUCCAUGGUAUCGACAGUUGCUGCUGUUGAUACCAACUCUCAGUAGGGUGUGUGACAUCAUUGUUGUUGUUCCUUACACACCAGUUGUUUGUAUAUACCAUGUUACAAUUAUUCAGGAACUCCAAUGUUUGCAUAAGCUUUAAAUUUCUUGUGUUUCUGAAUGGGUUAAAACAACUAUAGUGUUUUUUAUGGCUUUUUAAGUUCCAAGGUUUUCACUUUAUUUAUCCUUUCAGUGCAA